CUUGAAGCUCAUUGGCAUCUUAGAUGGGGUUGGUAUAGAGGCUUUCUGACGGUCAUGGGUCUGUGCAACUUCCAUAUCAGCAACCCCUCAAUAUUUUUCACCGGCCCGCCACACACUCUGGGGACUGGGUAGAUAGGGACUGGAGGGGACAAUCAACAUGUUGAAUUGGAAAAGGCCACCAUUCAAGGUGGUCCCCGAACACACUGCUGGGACAGCAGGCGCUGCUUGGCUACUGGCAGUUGUCAGGGUGUUUUAGCUUUAGAAGUUGAAUUUAUAAAAGUGAAAGUGAAACUUAAGACUCCAGAGGACUCCCAAUCGUGUGCAACUGCAGCCCGUAAUUCGGGGCGUUUAUGCAUGUGGGAAUUCCUGCACCGUUUCUUCCUCUUUUGGAAAGUCCCUGAAAUGUAGUCAGCCUCCUUUUCAUAAGACAAGGACAUAAUGUUUUUACUCUGGUUGGUUGGCUAAACGGAGAGACAUACAGUCCAUCUGAAUAAUUUGCAGGUGUCUUUCCUACCAAACCUCCUGGGUGUCAUCAUGAGUGUGGUAACAUCCAGUCUAUCAGGUGAUCAGGAGAAGAAACUGCUUUCUCUGUUCGGCCAUGUCCGACUCAGUCUGCUGUACAAAGCCAGUGUCCAAGGCUACACGGCAGCUGCCUUUCACGCACGCUGCAACAGCCAGGGACCCACUUUAGUCGCUGCCUACAACAAGGCUGGCUUCCUGUUCGGAGCCUACACCAGCAAAGACUACACUCAGAAUGGGCAGCCUAUUAAUGACGACAAAGCCUUCCUCUACAGCAUCAAUGAUGAAAGAAAAAAUCCACUGCGUGUGUCUAGUGCCAAUGGCCAGUAUGGUUUUACAGAUGAAAACACUGGCCCGAAUUUUGGUGCCUUGGUGUUUCUGUUCAAUGACACAGCUACAGUCCAAUAUAACGCAGGGAACAGCUAUAACUUUGAGGCAGCACAUAUGCAUGGCGACGACCUGCAGCUGACUGAAUGUGAGGUUUACAGAGUGGAGGAAUUGGGAGGUUGUUUGACAAAGACUUGGAGAAACAUGCAGUGGACCUCUGAGAGGAAACGGCAGUUGAAGGAGAAAAUCAAGAACUAUAAGCCUGAUGUCAUGUCAGUGAGUCAUGCCAGGGUUCUCCUCGUGGGUCCUGUUGGGGCUGGCAAGUCCAGCUUCUUCAACUCUGUCAACUCUAUCUUCAGAGGAAACAUGACCAGUCAGGCCAUCUGUGGCAGCGCAGGCACCAGCCUGACCACCCAGUUCCGUACCUUCACCAUCAAGUCGGGGAAGAGUGGUGAGCCUAUACCCCUGAUCCUGUGUGACACCAUGGGACUGGAGGAGGCGUCAGGAGCUGGCUUGGACAUGGAGGACAUAGUCAACAUUUACAAAGGCCAUGUUCAGGACCGUUACCAGUUUAAUCCCAUGACGCCCUUGAGUGAAGACGUACCUGGGUAUCGUAAGCAUGUCAGUCUAAAGGAUCAGAUCCACUGUGUAGUGUACGUGGUGGACGCCUGCAGAGUCUCUCUGAUGUCUGCCAAAAUUGUGGAGAAGUUUGCCGCCAUUCGCAAGAAGACCAAUCAGAUAGGUAUUCCCCAACUGGUGUUAAUGACCAAAGUGGACGAGGCCUGCCCCCUAGUGUCAGAAGAUCUGCAGAAUGUUUAUAUGAGCCAUUACAUACAAAGGAAGAUCCAGGAGUUGAGUGCAUCCCUGGGCAUUCCUGUGUCCGGUAUUCUGCCAGUGAAGAACUACAGCCAGGAGCUGGAGCUGAAUCAGAACACUGAUAUCCUGAUACUCAGUGCUCUGGAUCAGAUGUUGAACUAUGCUGACAGCUUCUUCGAAAACCAGCCUGAAGAGGAAAAGGAAGGGCUCUAACCCUCUUCACAGUCCCACUGUCAAGUGUCUAAUACUCUGACAAAAAUGUUUUUUUUGCAAUCCCAUAUUAUUUUGUAACUGUGCAAGAUAUCCAUAUUAUUUUGGUACAUGUUAUCAUGCAAGUGGACAUUAUCAUAAUUGUUUUGUGGAUAUUAUAACACGUUGCUCUUUCUUACUGCUAUCUUUACUUAGACAAUUUUUUUGUGAGCUUUUCACGUGACAUGAAAAAUACCUUGCCCUAAUGUUCCUUUAACACCUUAAUUCAGUUUGUGAUAGAGCUUUGAUGUGACAGUGCAAAGCAAAUUCAAGGUCGCCUUUGCCUUCUUUCAAGCAGUAGUAACGUACCUAAACAAUGCAUGCAUGUACCAAUGCAAACGGACUGUUCCCCAAUUGAGUAAAGGGUUAAAGGGAAAGGGUGGGGCCUAGUGAAUAAUCUUCUGACAAACCAACUCUACCUGUGGACUGUUUGAAGCGUGGGAAAACAAUCUAUUUACUGUCUCUAUAAGCAAAUGUCUAUUGUAUGCAAGUGCCCCAGAGCACAGUAAAGUUGCAUCACUGUAAUUUGAAAGCAUUGUUUAUGUAGAGAGUUUUACCCUAAUAUCGUAUGUUAUUAAUUCUAUUCUUGGUAACGCUUUAGGCUUGGGUGAUGACACAAUGCACUGCAGUGUUGGUUGAUUGACAAAUUGAGUUGUUGUCCAGAGGACGAUAUAUUGCCUUUCUGUGGCUCCUGUCACCAUAUUCAGUGAACUAGGAUAAGACGCAACAUGACCAAUUCAUAGUGCUACAGUGUGUGCAUUCAAAAACAGUAAACAUAAAACAUGAGAUAAAGAGAGGUGUGUUUUGAAGCCAUCUGGUGGCACCUGGUGGUUACUAUACUACUAUACUGAGUCCUUGGAGUUACUACUGUAAAUUGGAAAGUAAACAAAAACAAAUAACUUAUUUGACAGGUGUUUUCAAGUUAAUGUCUCCGCAUGGUAUGUAAUUAUGAUAUUUCACACAUUCUAAAACCACUAAAAUCAUCUCUCACAGAUGCAUGUGCGCACACACACACACACACACACACACACACAGGUAGUUUCACAUUUGUGGUUAUUUGUUUCAUAUAUAAUGUUUCCUAUAUUGUUCAAUACAUUGAUCCAAUCACAUUUCCUGUUGUGCAUUCCUGAGAUGUUACAUGAAUAAUAAAGAUGACAAAAGUUUC